AUGUUGAACCAGAGUGCUGUGAUGAUCUUUACUGGGAUUUGUGGGGCGCUGGUGGUCAUGGCCAUGGCCUACUACGUCUACUGGACCGUAGUAUUGGCUGAAGGACCGUGUAAGCGCGGCUUAGCCUGUUUCAUCCUGCAGCUGCUGAUGGGCUUUGUGUUCGUGGUCAGUGGCCUCAUCAUAAACUUCAUCCAGCUCUGCACCUGCAUCCUGUGGCCGAUCAACAAGCAACUGUACCGCAGAAUCAACUGCAGGCUCUCCUACUCUUUAUGGAGCCAGCUGGUGAUGCUGCUUGAGUGGUGGUCGGGCACAGACUGCGUUCUAUACACCGACCAGGCCACGGUGGACAAGUUCGGCAAAGAGCACGUUAUCAUCAUCCUCAACCACAACUAUGAGAUCGACUUCCUCUGUGGCUGGACCAUGUGUGAAAGAUUUGGUGUCUUAGGGAGUUCAAAGGUGCUAGCCAAACAUGAGCUACUGAAGUUUUACAUUUAG